AUGUCUAAAGAAACCAGUGGCAAACGAUACGACCAGAAAUUUCGAAAACAGUGGCUAAAAGAUGACUCACUGAAAGAGUGGAUAGCGCCCGUGGCUGCUGAUGCAUCUAAGGCAUUCUGCAAGUUCUGUAAAUGUGAUGUCAAAGCAAAAUAUCAAGAUUUGAAGCAGCAUACUAAAACUCAGAAACAUUUGAAAGCUUGUCCAUUCACUACCAGGACUCUUGAUCCAUUUAUGACUAUUAAAAACUCUGAAACAGCAGAGCUGGAAGCGUCUAUUUCCACAUUUUUAUGUUGCCACUCAGCUAUUUCUAAUUGCGACCAUUUAGUUGAUUUAUGUAAAAGAAAUCUCCCUACAAACAAAACAGUGUCUGAAAUGAAAAUGCACCGAACUAAAUGUACCCAUAUCAUAAGAAAUACACUAUGUGAGCAUUUUAAAACAGACCUAAGACGAGAUAUUGGUGAUGGGAGAUUUAGCAUUCUGAUAGAUGAGUCCACAGACAUAACAGUACAUAAGUUACUAGGCAUAUCUAUAGUUUAUUACAGCAUGUCUGAAAAAAAGAUUGUGUCAAUCUAUCUGGAACUUACAGCUUGUGAUGCUCAGCACAUUGUUAUAGCUAUUAAGAACGUACUCGGUUCACAUAAAUUGAGUCUGAAGAAUCUUGUAGCAAUUGGAACAGAUAAUGCGAGUGUGAUGAUUGGCAUAAAUAAGGGUGUUCAUGCACAACUGAGGGCCGAGUUACCAUCCCUUAUUCUUAUAAAAUGUGUAUGCCAUUCUAUUCAAUUGGCAGUCUCACAAGCAUCGGCAGAUAGCCUGCCAAGACACCUUAAUUUUUUGAUUACCGAGACACAUAAAUGGUUCUCACAUUCAUCUACCAGGCAAUAUCGGUAUAAGACUCUGUAUCAAACUUUGAAUGAUGGCACAUCACCUUUGAAAAUUCCUAAAGAUUGUCAAACAAGAUGGUUAUCUAUUCAACCAGCUGUUCAAAGAAUCUUAGAACAAUGGCUGGAACUAAAAACUCACUUUGAAGUUUCACGAUUGUCAGAAAAGUGCUAUACUGCAGAAGUUCUGUAUGAAAUGUACUCAGAUGAAAAAAAUUUGGCCUUCCUUCUGUUUCUAAGUCCAAUUUUGACUGAAGUACAACAAGUAAACAAACUGUUUGAAUCCAAAAACAUUGAAAAAGUGAAACUAUUAAAUGAUCUAACAAUGCUGAUGAAAUCAAUUGCAAAAAAGCUUGUAUCGCCAACCUGUAAUAUUGAUCUACUUAAUUCUAACAUUGAAGAGUAUCUGGACCCAAAACCAUACUUAGGCUACAGAUUUGAGGGGAAAAUUCAAGAUUUGAAGAAGCAAAAUAAACUUACCAAUACUGAUGAAACUUGUAUAAGAAAAAGAUGCUGUGAUUUUUUACUGGCACUGCAUAAACAGUUAAAGCAGCGUCUACCUGAUAAUCUUAAAGUUCUGCAGAACAUUUCUUGCUUCUCUGUUACUAACAUGCUUCAACCACUUAAAGACAAAGCUGCCAUCUGUGAAGUUAUGAAAUUUUUGGGGGCCUCUGAUCAAUCUAUCUCUCAAGCAGAAUACUAA